UCCACGUAGGCUUCAGUGCCAUUCUCUUAUCUUCUUGAUCAUCUCUUUCUUCUCCUUCUUCUUCCAUCACUGUUCUGUAUCUGUGAUACAGACCUAACUCCAACCCAAAAUGGCCCUGCACGUGCAGGUUCCCGCACCCGCCUUUCACACUCCCAAAUCCCUUUCUUCUUCUCCUUCAUUAGCCUCCCCUCCCAAUGCUGGCCUUCGGCCGCCCUCCGAGUCUUUUGCUCUCAAAUCAUCCUUCUUCUGUGGCUCUGUUAAUCUCUUGCUUCUUCCCAAUCAUCGCAAUCUUGUUUCCGCAACUCCCAGGAUUUCCAUGCGCGUCGCUUCCAAGCAGGCUUAUAUCUGUCGUGAUUGCGGCUAUGUUUACAACGAGCGAACUCCUUUUGAGAAAUUGCCUGAUAAUUACUUCUGCCCUGUGUGCGGUGCUCCUAAACGAAGGUUUAAGCCAUAUGCACCCGCAGUGACGAAGGAUGCAAAUAAAACAGAUGUGAGAAAGGCAAGGAAAGCUGAACUUCAGAGAGAUGAAGCUGUCGGGAAGGCGCUCCCUAUUGCGGUAGUGGUGGGAAUCGUAGCCCUUGCUGGUUUAUACUUCUAUUUGAACUCCCAGUUUUAAGAUCUUUCUGGUUCCAGGCUUUUGGCUCCUUCAAUGUCUAAAUCCUGCACUCUUGGAUCCCCCACUUCUUAUUUUUCUC